UGAAGUCUCGCGAGAAGAGGAGGUUUCGUAGCGGAGCCCUCUGGCUGAGCGUCUGAGGAUCCGCCGCCGGAUCCGCGGACGGUUUAGUGAGCCCGUUAGUGCCCCUGCCGAGACUCACGUCGCCGUCAUGUCCCGCUACCUGCGCCCCCCCAACACGUCUCUGUUCGUAAGGAACGUGGCCGACGAUACCAGGUCCGAAGAUUUACGACGAGAAUUUGGUCGUUAUGGUCCUAUAGUUGAUGUGUAUGUUCCACUUGAUUUCUACACGCGUCGUCCAAGAGGAUUUGCUUAUGUUCAAUUUGAGGAUGUACGUGAUGCCGAAGACGCUUUACAUAAUUUGGACAGAAAAUGGAUUUGUGGACGCCAAAUUGAAAUACAGUUUGCACAGGGGGAUCGGAAGACUCCAAAUCAAAUGAAAGCCAAGGAAGGGAGGAAUGUGUACAGUUCUUCACGCUAUGAUGAUUAUGACAGAUACAGACGUUCUAGAAGCCGAAGUUAUGAAAGAAGAAGAUCAAGAAGCCGGUCCUUUGAUUACAACUAUAGAAGAUCUUAUAGUCCUAGAAACAGUAGACCGGCUGGAAGACCACGGCGUAGCAGAAGCCAUUCCGACAAUGAUAGCCAAGUAAGCAAGAAGAAAAAUGACAGAUAAUGCUUCAGUGAGAAAGGAAAGGUGCUACAUAGAGUAUGAGCUGUUAAGUUUACAACCCAGGGAAAAGACCUGGGAACUAUUGUACUAUUCUCUUGCAAAUUUGGCCCAGUAAGCUGCUACAUCCAGUUCAACUAACAAAAUCCUGUAUACCACAGAGAAGAAUAAAGAAAACCAAACUGACAAACAUCCUUCUUUUAUUUAAGACCAAACUGCAGCUGGAAUACCCAGUACAGUUCUGCUUACUACACUUCAAGAAAGAUCUGAGAAAGCGGAAAAAGAACCAAAGAAGGGCAGUUCAAGCGACCAAAGGGUGGGUGGAAGGUGCUGCAGUAUGAAUACUGUACGAAUAUUUUGACUCUGGUCUGAAAAGAUAAAAGAAUGUUAUCGAAACUACAUGGAAUAAUUGAAGUCCCUUCAAGUUUGAAAGUAAGCAUUUUAGGACAAAUAAAAAGAAAUUCAACUUUGUACUUGUGGAAACUAAUCCCUAAAUCUGAAUAGGUUUAUAUUGAUUCGUGGGUAACAGGUCCAUAAUAAACUAUUGGAAACUAGGAUGUUUGAAUAUCAAGGAAGACAGCCAUAGUCUCUUACAGUGCCUCUAUUGGUCUGUCUCAAACUGAAUUGGGUGAGAAAAGGUAUGGUCCAAUAUAAACUUUUUCUUGGUUAUCUCUUAAAGUCAGUUCCAUUUUCGCUAUUGGCAAAUCUUGCCUUUGUUUAUUCCAGUGCCAGUGUUUUUCUGCUUAAUGGUUUGCUUUGUUGGCAUCUGAGUUUAUUUACUUGUAUGCCGUGUGCAGUUUACAUCUUACACUCUCUUUUCCAGAUAAAUUCCAAUUAGAAUACUUGACAUCUAGCUAAGAGGGUCCAUCUCUUCUCACCUCUGUCCUAAGUCAGUAUAUUCAGCAAACAUUUAUUUACUGAGCCCUUACUGUGGGCAAAAAUUGUCCUGGGUAAUCGGGGAGAAAAAUAGAGAAAAUUGACUUAAUAAAUACCUACUGAGCACAAUCUAGUCAAUCAUUACAGUAUGGCCUCAUUGUUUUGAGGUGUAUUUUUCGUAACAAUAUUUUACACCAUUCAUAUCUUCAUGUAAUUAUAAAACCCAGAAUACUAUCAAUGAUCAUUUUGUGGUUAUCUGCCAUUUAAAAGUAUCCAGUAUUUCUGUUUGCAUCCCAUUAAUACAAAUAAUGAAAAAAUGAUGUUUUAAUCUGUAAUAAACUGAUUCAUUGUGCAGUGACUGUAAUAUACUAGAGUUAUAUUAAAUUGUUAACUCUGCCUCCUCAAACACACAUUAGGAAAUAAUCCCAAAAAUAAGUAACUUUGCAUUAGAUCUAAAGGAGACUCUGGGUGCUAUAAUUAGAUUAUUUUGAGGCAGACAGAGAGCUGUUAUCCCAACUGAUUUAGUGUGUUCUGUAAUUGAGAAAAUGUUCACCAGAUUAUACUUUUUAGUGAUUUACUUGUACAUUUUAUAGGGGACAUGUUCUGUGUAUAGUGAAUAAAUAACUUUUAUAGUAUCACAAAAAUGUUUUGGAUUCCUUAGUUCCUUAUUAGGAUAUUAAGUUUGUUUAUACAUUGAUUCUUCCAUCACUCAUACUUGAUUUUUGUCAUUUCUGCCACAUAUUUUAAGUUGUUCGUGUGAAGUUCUUCAUCUAAAAGUAUGGAAGUGUUUAAGCCUUUACAAAAAAAAAAUUUUGAAAGUUGCAGAAUAUACAUAACGGUUGGAGAUAUGAAAUGUAGGUAUUUUUAUCCGUUUGAUUAAAAAAAUUUUUUUCAAACUUGCCUAAGAUCACACAGCAAGUAAGUGGCAGAUCCUGUGUUAGAGUUAACGGUUUUUUCAUUUGGUUCCUGUUUUGUGCCUUUUUUUUUUUUUUAAUCAAAUGGAAGAUUUUUUAUAACUUACUAAAAUUAAUAUAAUGGAAUCUAGAGUUCAUGCAGAGGGAAGAUUUAAUAGAUUUAUGAAAAAGAUUUAAUAUCAAAAAGUAUUUUGUUUGUACUUUGUGGAUGAAAAAGAGGUUAAAUGUAACCCAAGAUCUCAAGCUAUUGUGACUCAGGCUCUCCAUCCUGGCUUUCCAAAUUUCAGUCGCAUUGUAUUGCAUUUUGACCAUAUUCUUGUUUACAAAAUCCUGAGAUACUUUGAAAGGAGGAGGCUGUGAUUUGAGACAGCACAAUGAUAGUGGAGGAAUAACCUUAAUGGCAUUUCUACCAGGUCAGAGCUUUUAGGAACAAACUGUUGUCAUUGAUAAAUGAAGUAAGCAACCUACUUGUUUUCGUUCAACUAUUGACAUAGUUACUAUAGAAAAAUUUACUUCUCCAGGGUUUUUGUCUCUGCCCCUUCCUCCAACAGUGUUGGUUAUUAUGUUUAUUGCAUUCUGUGUUUCUGUGUAUUCCUAACGGCUGUUUCACCCUUAUUAAAGUGGGAAUCUUUAUUUGGAAUAAAAAGCAAGGCAUGUAAAUUCCUUUCAUUGAUAAUUGACAGAG